AUGAAGCUGCCGUCGUUUGCUAAUAAUGUAGGGGUUGGAGGAAAAAUAUGGCUUUUUUGGGAGGAUGAGAUUGAUUUUGAAUUCAUAGCUAUGUCGGAUCAAGCUAUUAGUGGAUGGUUUAUCAAAGAGAAUAAAAAGAUUCUGGUUACGCUUGUUUAUGCGAGCUGUUUUAGGGAGAAGAGACUGGAGCUUUGGGAUUUUUUACGAGGGCAGAACUCUGGUGGUAGUCCUUGGUUUGUUGGGGGAGAUUUUAAUAUUAUCCGGUAUGAUAAUGAAAAAAUAGGAGGUCUUUUAAGGGCCCCUCGUGCGAAAAGAGAUUUUAACGAUUGUAUCCAUGAUUGUGCGUUAAUGGAUAUUCCUUGUAUUGGGAAUAAAUUAUCGUGGUGUAAUGGACGAAGAGGAGGUAGAAGAAUUUGGGCAAGAUUGGAUCGUGUGAUGGUUAAUUUGAUGUUUUCGAAUUUAUUUGGAGAUGUAAAACUAUCUUAUUUGCCGAGGACGUCAUCCGAUCGUGCACCAAUGCUGAUAACACUUACUCGAGAGCGGGAGGUUGGUGUUCGCCCUUUUAGAUUUCUUUGGAUUUGGGGCUCGCACGAUAGCUUUAUUCCUAUGGUUCAGGAUGUGUGGAACUCUGAUAUUAACGGAUGUGCUAUGGUCCGUAUAAGCAGAAAAUUAAAAGUACUGAAAGGUGUCUUACGGAAAGGGAAUAAGGAAACGUUUGGUCGAGUAGAGGAGGAAAUAAAAAGGCUGGAAGGACGCAUGGUAGAACUGGAACUUAACAUUACAAACUCAUAUUCGGAGUAA